AUGAAAGCAUUGAAUGAUCAAAAACAGCAGAUGAUUAAUGAGAUCACUGAAUGGGAAAAUAAUCUUCUACGUCAAAUUCAAGAAAAUGUUGUUAAUCAAAAAGCUUUACUUGAACAAGAAUCUAAAUAUCAACUAAAUUAUCUUCAAGCUAAAUGUCAAGAAUUUCUCGAUACAGCGUUGAUAUAUGAAGAGAAAAAGACUAGAGAAGAAGUUCGCCUAUUGAUUGAACAAUGUCAUGAUUUAAAAUUUGAAAUAGGUCUAUUUGAAUAUCCAGAACGGCUUAUCCCAUUUAUUAAAAUGCAAAAACAAAAACAACCCAUAGAAGUCAAACAAGAUGUCUUAAGCCAACAUAAAUUUAACAGUAAAUCAACAACUAACGAUGAUUUUAGAAUAGAUAAUAAUAAAAAUCUAUAUCCAUCUACAUCUUCUAUAUCGACAUUUGCGAGUUCUAAUCAAACAAAUCAACAAUCAUCGACAACUUCGUCUUUUAUUCAUGAUAAUCAAAAGUCUAAUAUGAUAAAUCAUGAUGAUAUCUUGGAUAAAUGUCCUGCUUGUUUUAUAAUCUUUCCAUCAAAUAUGGGAACUUAUGAACGAUCACAACAUGUCAAUCAACAUUUUGAAGAUAGUUGA